UCACUUGUGUUGAAGAAGCUCCAGUUUAGAGACUUUCAUCAGAGAGAAAAGAGAGACGGAGAGGAACGAUGGUGGAAUCUAGAUGGAAUAAAAUGUUUCUUGUUUUGAUGCUGGUGCUUCAGUUCACAGGAGCUCUAAGCAGACAGCUUUCCCUCGACUACACUGUCAGAGAGGGAGAUGAAGCCACUUUGUCUUGUGAGAAUGUGAUUAAUGAUCAGCGUAACUGUGACAAAACCACCUGGAUCUUCAGUGACUCAAAAGUACAAGGAUCAGUAGAGCUGGUUGAUCUUGGACAAAUUAAGAAUAAGAUCAAAUCAGACAGACUGAGUGUUACAGAGAACUGUUCUCUGCUUAUAAAGAAAGUUACAGUUGAGGAUGUUGGUCGUUACACCUGCAGACAGUUUGACAACAAACCAGGGGGCGAACAAAUAGGUGUUGAUGCUGUGGUUUAUCUGUCUGUUGUUACCUUGACUGAAAAAAAACACACUGAUAUCGUGACUUUCAGCUGCUCUGUGACAACAAGAGAUCGAUGCAGACGCACAGUGAAGUGGCUCUUUAAGGGUCGAAUUGUGGAUAGAGAUUCUCCAUUCCUACAUAUAUCACGUUCUUCCUGCUCUGCUUCUGUGACCAUUCUGACUUAUCAUUUUCAAAAGUUCACACCAUAUCAUCAGUUUUUUCAGUGUAGUGUAUCUAGAGUGACUAACACAGAGCAGCCAUUGACCUUCAACCUUCGUCCAUCAGGUGAGGACACAAAAACAGCAACAACAACCGCAAACAACCUGGAAGUUGGUACAAACACGAGAGGACCUACAAUAGACAACAAUACAACAAAACCACACGAACCUUCAGGCCCUGAUGGGACAAAUUUACCAGUUCUUUUGUGGUUGUACAUCGUUUUGCCGUUGGUUUUAGUCGCACUUUUGAUAAUUGCUGUGAAAGUCAUCAGAUCGAGGAGAGCUAAAGGAAAAAAUACGCAAGGAAAUGACACAGUUGCCCUGACCUCAAACCCUGCAGUGACUCAGCCUGUACCAGAAACCAGUCAGGCCAUGGCUGAUCCUGAGGAUGGAGUUUCCUACGCCUCCAUCAGCUACACCAAGAAAGCCGACAGUAAAGCCAAGAUACGGAGUAAAAAUGACGCUGAUGACGAAGCAGUAACCUACUCCACUGUGAAAGCUUCCUCCAUUGAUUCCAGCGUCCUCUACGCCACCAUCAACCACCCAAACGCAGGUCCUUAGAUCACUGCUUCUGCUCAGAGCUUCUUAUCUGGAAAGGGUGUUGGGUGUUAGCUAUAACAGAAAAGUGUAAAAAGCGGAAGUUAUUGGUGGUUGCCUGAAAUGUAGAACAUAUGAAACCUUUUGCUCGGUGUACUGUGGUAAUGUUGGGUUUUUUUAGGUUACUGUUCAAGGUUUAGUGUACAUCUGCUUUUACCUUUUUUUUUUUUUUUUUUAAUGUAUAUUGACUGUUGUAUAUUGAAGUUUAGUUCCACCUAUCAUUAUUGGAUAUGUAGUACUUUGGCCAUUUAUAUCUUGGCUCAGUUAGUUUUUAAUAACCUGGUGACACAGUAUUUAAGCAAAACUGAAAGUUAGGAAAAUGUGAUGCGACUUAUUUGAACCACAUGGAAGAUCUUGCAAGAAGGAUGUCUUACACAAGAAAUAGAAGUGUGAGAAACAGUCGCUGAUGGUUGUUUUGAGGAAGCGGCUGAUCACUAAAAGUAGAUUGUGCAUUUCUCUUUAAGAUGCAACUGAAAAAAGAGGAAUGACAGACAGAAAUGCAGAAGGUUAAAUUCAGAUGAAUUCAAAUGUCACCAUUUCAAAUGGUGGUAGAUGGCAGUCAGGAUUUUUGGGGAAUACUCACACUGUUAGCCUGAAAAAUGGCCACAAGGAUCUAAUGUGCACAUUGUUCAGCUCAUUUAUUAUGUUGCUGUGAUGCCACCUAUGGGUGAAGCUUCAUAAAGUUUACACACAGUUGGAGUCAGCAACCCAGCAAUUUGAUUUAGAUACCAUCUUAUCAUAUACUGUCGUUAUGUAAAGGGUUAUAUAGGCAAGGGCAAAAACUGUAAACAUAAAAAAGAUAAAAUACAAAAUAUAGUACAGUAAAAUUAAACUAAUUACAUUAAAUAAAUUAAAAACAACACAGAAAAAAAGCACAAACAGAUUUUUACAAAAUACUUCAAAGUGAUUGACUAAAACGGUGGAAAAAACAAAAGAUACGACAAAUAAAAACAUUUAAAAGAAAAGGGGAAAUGGGGAAAAAUAAUCACAAUAACAGAAGUGAUUUUGCAGAUACGUUUAUUAAAAGUACUGGCAGUUUACUCCAGAGUUUACAAAAUAAAAUUGAUUAAUUUUAAGCCAGUGAAAAAAAGAACUGUCUUCAGCUUACUUCUAAAAGUGAUAACAUUUAGACAGAUCCCAUUUCUAGCGGGAGCUGGUUCUAGCAGCAGGCAGAAUAACGAUGAAACUCCAUUUUACCACGUCUGAUCUGAACUCACCGGUCUCUGCAGAUCUGAGAGACCUUUCAGGCUCCAGCAAACAUUUCUCUGAUGUAUUUUGUGGCCAAACCAAUCAGAAACCUAAAGAUAAUAAAUAGGGCCUUCAAUUCAAUUCUAUAUGUAACUGGAAGCCAGUGCAGGGACCUAAGAAAUGAUGUUAAAUGUUCUCCUUUAUUGGUGUUUGUCAGUAUUCUAGCAGCAGUAUUUCUAAUGAACUGCUUAAUGGCCUUAUUUUGGAGGCCAUUAAGGACUCAUAGUCCACUCUACAGAUCAUGACAGCAUGAAGGAGUUUUUCUAAAUCUUGCUUUGACACAAUGUUUUCAUUUUUAAGCUACCAGAAUGAGGAUUUAGUCACAGCUUUGAGGUGGCUGCUGAAAUUGAAAUCCCCAUCACUGAUUACUCUGAGAUUCUUGACCUCGUGUUUAGUGGACUCAAGGUUAACUGUGAGAGCCAGGAAGUGUCAACCAGUCAUUGUGACCUUUGCAGUGCUGAAAGAAGUAUUUCAGUAUUUGAUGUACAUAUUAUGAGCAACAUACUGUAAAGUAUUAAAGUUCUCAAAAUGUUUGGGAAAAUGUGUAUAUGUGUUAUGUUAAUGAUAAUUUAAGUGAUGCAUUAUAAUUAGCCAGCUGCAGUGUCGCUAAUUCUACUUAUGGUUUAUAUUUUUAGUAGUUUGAUUUACUGUAUAACAAUUUUCUGUGCUUUAUAUGCUCUUUAUGUGGUUUACAACCUUUAUCUGCAGUGUCACCGGUAACUGUACGUGAUGUGGUGAAGCAAAAAGUAAAGUGUUUCCAUUUGAAAUGUAGCUACGUGUGAAAAAUACUCACGUUGCUAAAUGUCUUGGACAAUAAAGAGGGGUGAAGAUGUGAUAAACUAUGUACAGUAUCACAUAAUACAGUGACAUAAAAGCAAAAUCAGCAGUGAAUAUUUUUAUUACGAUUAUUAUUAUCUGUCUAAAAGGCUAACUAGCUGACAUGUGAAGCCAGUAGCAUUAUGCUGUAUUAGCUUGAUGUAGCACUAGCUAACCAUGUUAAAGUCUUUGCUACUGUAGGCUAAGCAUCCCUGUCUAUUGGUGAUGUAACAUUGUAUUUAGAUUAGAGAUUUAAAUGUCAAUGAUAAAAAAAAAAAAUCUUAAAAUUAUAGUUUUUUUCAUAGGUCCUUGCAUUCUAAAUUUACUGGCAAUAAUUAAAGCAGGUCAGGGCUCUCUUGAAAAAGAGAUCAUGCAAUCUGAAUGGGACUCACCUGGUCAAAUAAAGGUUAAAUAAUCAUAAAAACAAUUUAAAAAAUAAUUAAUUAAUUCCCCCAAAGUUGUCUUUCUAGCAUUUAUGUUGGUGUUAAAGUCAGAAAACGUCACAGUUUGAAAAAAAUAAGUUAAUCUUUUAUAUAAGCAGCAGGUCUAUAUUAAUCAAAAUGACUAGUUAAGAGGCUUCUUCUCCCCAAUUUAUUUGCUUUACCACCCUCUUGUGUACAUUUUGUAUUAAUAUUCAACAUCUUUAUCUUUAAAGAAAACAGACAUUGUUCUUAAAGUGGGCAUCUUCUCCAGGUUUCGCUUUCUUUCACUGAUAUUUGCUUGUAUUUGCGCAAUACAUGACCUGUAAUUUAUGCUAUUUAAAAAGUCAUACUGAAUUUGUCACAGCUGUGUGAUGGGUGAAAAAAAAAGUUAAAAUGUGUCAAAAUAAAAGUUGUCCUAUUCAUGUUUUUA